AUGUCAAACACAACUGAUUCUUCUGCUAUAAUUUUACUCAAUGAUAUUUCUGCACAAGUCAAUCGUUAUAUGACAUUACUCGUCUUUUUAUUUGGUAUUAUUGGAAAUUCAUUUAAUACAUUAGUACUUUCACAACCAAAAUUGCGUUCUAAUCCGUGUGUUCUUUAUUUUCUCGGCUCAUCAGUAUCUAGUCUCGGAAUAGUUCUAGUUGGCCUUCCAACACGUCUUAUAGCUGGAUGGAUAUCAACUGAUCCGACGAAUACAAAUUCUUUACUUUGUAAAAUACGUAUUUUUCUUCUCUAUGGAUUUCGUUCAACAUCAGUUUGGCUUAUAGUACUCGCUACUAUUGAUCGGUGGUUUGUCAGUAGUCCUCAAGUUAGAAGACGAUUUUUAAGCUCUCGUCGAAUUGCACAUAAAAGCAUUAUUAUUGUCCAUAUUUUAUCAUUUCUUUUAUGGUCACAAUCUCUUUUUUGUUAUAAUACUAAUCUUCCUCAAGCUCCACUUAAAUGUUAUGGAAUGACAGAAACAUGCCGAAUUUUUAAUGAUGUUGUAUAUGCAAGUUCCACUGUCAUUAUUCCAUCAUUAUUAAUGUUAAUCUUUGGCUUUUUAACUAUUCAUAAUAUAAAUCGAUCUCGUCGGACAAUUGAACCAUUUAUUGGUAUGGUCAUACAUAUGAAUCAUAUCAACAAAAAAAUAAAACGAAGAAGAAUACGAUAUAAUAAAGGUUCUCUCACUGGUAUGCUUCUUCUUCAAGUUAUUCUCUUAACUCUUCUUUCGUUGCCACAAGCUAUACAUCAACUUUAUUUGACGUUUACUAUUCACGUAACCCGAAGUCCACUUCGUACAGCAAUAGAAAAUUUUAUUAUAAAUUUUGAUUUCUCUCUUACAUACGUUGGAAAUAGUAUUCCUUUUUACAUUUAUACACUUACUGGAGCCUUGUUUCGUCAAACUCUUAUUCGACUUAUUCGUUUAACAUAUCGACGAUUAAAAUUAUAUCUAUCUGACAUUUACGUUGACUUGACUAAUUAUCUUUUUCCAGUUUUUCGUCCACAAAUAGCAUCAGAAUAA